AUGGGAGAGAAAAAAGUUUUUGGUAUUUUGAUGUUUGUUAUGGUGUAUGGUUUGGCAGUAACAAGAUUGAGUUAUGGUCAAAUUCCUGCAACAUGCAAUGGGGAUGAAAAGCUAUUGAGCUAUUGUGGAUUGUAUUUGAUAAAUAAUGUAGCUAAUCCAUCUUCUGAUUGUUGCAAUGGAGCAUCAGAUGCAUUCAAAAGAGCCAUGGCUGUUCCUAAUGGACAAGGUAUAAGAGAUAUUUGUAACUGUCUUAGGGUUGCAGGAUCAAAUCUCCACUUUCAUCCAGAUAAACUUGUAAGCCUUCCUACUGCAUGUCACAUUCAACUUUCAUUUAGUAUGGAGUUAUGUGUAUCUGGUCCCUGA